AUGGCUUCAUCAAAUACAGAAUUUGUUACGUUGGUGUCUUCUGACAAGUUCAAGUUUGUUAUACAAAAGGACGUGGCUGCAAUAUCCUCAGUUUUAAGAAAUUCUCAAGGCUUCGAAGAAGGAAAGACAGGCAAGAUAGAGCUAGAUAUGGAUGGAGACAUAUUGGAAUGUGUAGUGGAAUAUUUAUAUUAUCAUUUCAAAUACAAAGACCAAGUAGAAUCAGGCGAUGUGCCCGAGUUCCAUAUUCCAACACAUCUUGCAUUGGAAUUGCUCGUAAAGGCAGAUUAUUUGGAUAUAUGA